GAUUACAAACAGCUCUUUGUGAACACCGAAGUGAAGUUGAAUAAUCAACUGUUGCAGCUCUUGCUUCAAACCUGGGCAAGAUGCAUUUUCUAAGCAGUGAUAGCCUGCAUCUUCGUAAAAAGAGACUCGACAAUACUAACUUUUCCGGUGAGCUCCCAGCUCACAACAGUUCUACUCUCACUGUCACCGUCAAGCCAAUCUUGGUCUUAUAUUCUAUCUGCUGCACCAAUCCUCUUCCUCCACCUCCACAUUCAAACUCACUGAAGUUUGCAUCACCAUCUUCAAUCAUUACCCCCACAUCACCUACCAACUACCAACUACCAACCAUCACCGAUCAGCCAUCGACUAUCAACCAUCAGCCAUCGACUGCCAAUCGUCCGACCUCCUACCGCACAUCACACUCGUCGACAUGAGUGCUGCUCCAGGAACAAAUCAUCAACCCUCAGUCUUAAAUCCGCCAAGUGUUACGACAACAAGCAUACACAUUCCCUACCUCCCGAACGAGGUCAUGUGUAUGGUUGCCAGCCACGUCGAUAUCACAGAUUCUCCGAAUCUCCGGCUGUCGGCCAAGGUCUUUCGGGAAGGAACAGCUGCUCGUUUUGCCAGGAUCUACUUCCAAGAUCGUGUCUACGAGCUCUCCUCCGUUGGCCUGAGAGCGCUGGUCAAGAUAACCGAGCAUCCGGUCUUCGCUCGUCACCUCAAUUCUGUCGUUAUCGGUUUCAAAGACAGACGUGGAACUCCAAAGUACUGCAGCCUGCUUGACCAAGCCUUCUCGAAUCUUGCUGCCAAUAGCAACGUCAUCUCCAUCGGCCUUCGCUUGCUUCACGCCACAAGCAAGUCUGGACUUGUCUCGAUAGCCUAUUCGCGUAAGACAUGGCAGUUCUUUGACAAGAAAAUGCUGGCUGCUGCGCGCAAAGAAACGACAGCAACAAGAAGCAAGACAGCGAAACGAAGCAUCCAAGGACACAACCAGCACGAAACGAACAACAGUGAAGCACACGGGAGAGCGAGAUGAAGAAAACAGAGAAGAAAAGAAAUCGAGAGAACUGGAUCGCAAUACUCGAGACAAAGACAGUGAUGACAG